AUGCUUUGGUUAGGCAUGCCGGGAAUCGGUCGUCGGCGUUUGCACGUUUGUCUGACAUUGGUGAUCUGCGCGUUGUGGGUCGUCGACACCAUCGACGCGGCCACUGCGGAAAACGCCAAGGACGCGUGGACCGGAUUCUCGACGUCGUGCGUGACGGACGACUCGAAGAACGCUUCGGUCUCUUGCCACGGAGUGCGAAUCGUACGGAAGAUCGUACAGCAGUUUUUGGAGAACACCAUGAAGGAGCGGAACAUCGAGCUAUUCGACGGCGUGUCCUUGGUCGAGAUACCCGGCUCCGUUCGGAAAGCCCGAGUGUUGAAGGGUUUCGGGAGUCUCGGGCCUUUCGUUCAAUCUGAAGGUAGAGAACUCAGAGUCAAGCUGCCGUCCUUAUUGCCCCCGAAUAUGGAGUCUGCGUUGAGGGAGAGCUUGCCUUCCGAUUCCGAAGCGAGGAAGGACGGCGGAGGUUUAGGCGGUUUAGGUGGCGGCAAAGGUGGCAAGAAAGGCGGCGGCGGCGGACUCAUUUUAAUGGCUCUUAUGAUGGGUAAGAUGAUGGCCGCGAUGGGCUUCGGCGCUUUGGGUCUUUUGGCCAUGAAGGCGUUGAUGGUUUCGGCCAUGGCCUUGAUGCUGUCACUGAUCAUAGCCGUGAAGAAACUGGCGGGUGGUCACGAGGAUCAUGGUCACCAUGUUGUUUACGCCCAAGAAGUUGGCCAUCAUCAUCGUAAGAAGAGAUCAAUCGAUGACGACGACGCCACGCUGUUGCCUUACAGAGGAUACGCCAAUCUUUACGCUAACUUGCGAACAUCCUGA